AUGGCGUAUUCCAUUGUUCAGACAACUUUCUCUUCUACGGCGACCGCCGCCCUAUCUUCUGCUUUGAUCUGUCGGAAAACGGUGAAACAUGCUUCAACAUUGUUCAGGUUUUCGUCUAGCCUGUUGAGCGUCAGAUCUUACAAUUCCCUUUCCACCAGAAAAUCACUGAGUGAAACCUUAUCACCAAUCAAUCAUCCUGCUACGAUGAAAACGAUGAGUAGUAGUCUCCAUACUAGUGUUCCUUACGAUGGAUCAUUCAAUUUGCCACCGAGUACCGCGCCGUGGCUAUCAAUAACCUCUCCAUGGCUUAUGUUGCCGCCAGCCUUCACCGGAAAGGGUGAGCUGGUUUAUCGGUUUUACAGCCUUGGCGAGAACCAAGUGAUGACUCUCGAAAGGGGAGACCGAGAAUUCUGGCCAGACGACGGUUAUAGCAUCAUUGGAUCUUCGCACGGCUGGCUUUUCUUGUUCCACAAGAAAAGCUGCGCCCUUUUGCUCUCCAAUCCUCUCUACGGCCGCCACGUAAGGCUUCCAUCCAUCCGCUCAUUGCCGCAUAUCCCGAAAACCCACUUGGACCGUGGGUUGAGGUCACUGCAUGACGUCAUCAUCUCCAGCUCCAGCCCUGAUGAUGAUGACGAAUGCCGCGCGGUCGUCACUUUCGGCCCCCACCGAAGACUGGCCUUCUGCUGCCCCAACUCCAAAGGCCUUUUGGAGUGGACUCUGCUAGGCGACAAGACAUGCUACAAUGCCUGCGUUUACUCCGCCAAACAAAAGCUCUUCUUUUGUUUGAGAGAUGGAUAUUAUGAACGUGACCACGAGGUUGAUUAUGAUGAUGAUGAUGAAGUGGAGGAGAAUGAGGAGGAGGAGGAUGAGGAUCCUCGUCUGGAGGCUUGGGACCUCAGAGACCCUCAUUCUCCAAGGAUGAUUCCCAUGCCUGUGUCUUUUGAUAAGAAAAACUACCCCAUUGCCUACAGAUCAGAGCAAGAGCACAAACAAAAAAAGCAUCCCUCAAUAAGGGACGUCAUAUCCCUUGCGGUUGCCGAGACAACGGGGCAGCUUUUUCAUGUGAGACGGUUUAACAAGGAAUGGGUGGGGGCCCAUGGCUACUACGCCAUGGAUGAGUAUUAUGGCCCAAAGAUAGGGCUCCGUAAGGCUCCUCCGUACACGACAGUUGGUUUCGAUGUUCACAGGUACGACCCGGAGACUGGCUCCCUGGUUUACAUGGACCGUUCUCUGGAUGGGCUGGCCCUUUUCAUUGGCUCUAAUAAUGGGUUUGGGCUCCCAGCUGCUGACUUCCCUGAGCUGACGCCCCACGCCAUUUACUACACAGAACCCCCGAAAUGGGAUAUCGAUGAGGUUGACAUCUUCAAUCAUGAUGUUGGCAUCUUCAGUUACAGAGACGAGACCUUUACGCCGUGCUUCUAUCCUGUUGAUGUGCAGAGCAGUGUACGGGUUAGUGGACCAAAGUGGUUCACCCCUACCCCGGUCGUUAGGUUCCCGUUUCUUGUGCAGAAUGAUGACGGCACAUUGUCGUAUGGAUCCUCUUGUUCCAGUAUCCCACCCACCAAAUCACAUUCCCAGAACUAG